AGUAAGUUUCCACAAGCUAGGGCCUAGAGUGAAUUUCCAUUAUGCCAGGCAUGUUAGCUGUUGUUCCUAAUUCGAAUUGUAGUUUGUUUAAACUUUUAAAAUCGUUGUGGUGCGCAACAUAAAAUCUAAGCCGAUUAUGAAUUAAAAGUACUUCCAAAUGCUUCCUCUCCCUAGUUCCUUUGUCACUUUUUUGCUUUGAGGUAGUCUCCUAACUUACCAUUUCUUUCCUGUGUUGUGUGGAAACGUUAGAUGGCAGGAAAAACUCAUUUGAGGUAGUUUGCUGUUUAGUGCAGUGUUAUAGCAACGAGUCUGAGAGAGUGUGUAUAAAUCUUGGGUGUUCGUGGUUGUCUUUUUUAUUUAUUAUCUAAUGCCCUAUUAAACACUAGGAAAGGUAAAUAGUUUUUUCUUUUCUAAAACUCAAAUACUGUUGCAUAUUUCUUGGUUUGGACAAUGCAAGUCAACUUCAUGCUGUGGCUCUAAUGUGCUUGCCCAACACUUGUAGUGUUUGAAUUACAAGCACUGUAAGAGGGUCUUGUAUAGAACCAUUUCAAUUUUUCAAAAAAUUGGAUCUGAUAACAACAUUCUAAAAAGAUGUUCUUAAAGAACCUGCACUCUAAGGCCAAAUCUAGAAUGUUCUUUUAUCUGGAUUUAAUAAUCUCUAACUGAUAGAACCAAAUUUAACACUUUUCUUUUCAUUGAAAGCUAUGUGGUGUUGCAUAAGGCAACUUGAAAUUGAGGUAAUGUCAAAGAAUGAAAUAUAUAACAAGUUGGCCAUUAACUGCUUUUAGGUAGCUUGUAACUUAAAAAAAACCCAAAACAAUGUAAUCCCCCUAUAUGGAGAAAUUUGUAGGAUUUGUGUUUUAAUUAAAAAUUACCUAAAAGUGGUUAAUAGGUGACAGUAGUUUUAUAAAGAGACUUUAAAAUGUGUUUGGCUUGAUUUGUUUUCUGAAAUCUUUCAACAGCUUGUCUUGGUUGGUGAUGGUGGUACUGGUAAAACAACAUUUGUAAAACGUCAUUUGACUGGUGAAUUUGAAAAGAAGUAUGUAGCUACACUGGGUGUUGAAGUCCAUCCUCUGGUGUUCCACACUAACAGAGGCCCUAUUAAAUUUAAUGUAUGGGACACGGCUGGUCAGGAGAAAUUUGGUGGUCUGCGGGAUGGUUAUUAUAUUCAGGCUCAGUGUGCCAUCAUCAUGUUUGAUGUAACAUCAAGAGUUACAUACAAGAAUGUACCUAACUGGCAUAGAGAUCUGGUACGAGUAUGUGAAAACAUCCCUAUAGUGUUGUGUGGCAACAAAGUGGAUAUUAAGGACAGAAAAGUCAAGGCAAAGUCAAUUGUCUUCCACAGGAAGAAGAAUCUUCAGUACUAUGAUAUCUCCGCUAAGAGUAACUACAACUUUGAGAAGCCCUUCCUCUGGCUUGCCAGGAAGCUAAUUGGAGAUCCCAACUUGGAGUUUGUUGCCAUGCCUGCUCUUGCACCCCCAGAGGUUGUUAUGGACCCAGCAUUGGCAGCACAGUAUGAGCAAGACUUACAGAUUGCUCAGACCACUGCCCUGCCAGAUGAAGAUGAUGACCUGUAAGGGAUGAAGCUGGAGCCCAGCGUCAGAAGUCUAGUUUUAUAGGCAACUGUCCUGUGAUGUCAGUGGUGCAGCGUGUUUGCCACUUUAUUAUCUAGCUGAGCAGAACAUGUGCUUAAUCUUUGGGAUGCUGAGAGAUGAAUGGGCUUCGGAGUGAAUGUGGCAGUUUAAAAAAAAAAAAAAAAUUCCUUCAUAUUUUGGACCUGCAUAUCUAGCUGUUUUUUUGGACUGCAAUUACUUCCCCCUUGAGUUUCAAAUCUAACUAAGACUGCUGCAGUCACAUCAAAGUAUUCAGUGGUAAAUCUUGUUUGUUACUGUCAUUCCCAUUCUUUUUUUGUUUAGAUCAUAAUAAAGUUGUAUUUCAAAUAUCUAAACAAGUGAACUUUCAUGCAUUGCUAGGAGUAAUUUAAAUGUCUUCUAUCCUUUGAAUAGAUGCUAAUAUAGUAUUGAAUGUUAAUUUGAUUUUUCACACUUGGAAUAGGUAUGCAACAAGUAGUAAAUUAAAAGGUAAUCUAGUAAGCUCUUACAAGCUGCUUGAAGCCUACCUGAUUUAAACACUGACUUUUAAAACCCCGAAGUGUAUCUUAACUAGGGAAAACAAAAGCAGUGAACAUCUGAAGGUUUGUCUACAGGUUAAAAUAGUGUGCUUGGGGGGGAUUAGUCUGCGUAGACCAUGCUUGUGCACACAAAAAGUUGCCUGGUGUGUACACCAGGGAACUUUAAAUGUGUACAAGCAUGGUUGACAUGGGCCAACUACUGCAUGUGUUAAUAUGCUUUUUAAAAUCACCCCCUUGUGCACAUUACCCUACCAUGUAGACAGUUCCUGAAGGAUUGGCAAGUGUAAAUGGAUUGAAACAAGUUUAAAAUGCAGGUCUAAACCUGUUAAAGGCUGAAUUUGAAAUACAGAUACUGCCUGCUGAGAUUCUUAUUCUAGGAAUACAGUACCAAGCUCAACCUCCAUGCUGCCUUUUUUAAAAAAAAAACUAAAUUGCAAACCAGAACUGAAGAUUGAUCUAUUAAAAUGAACUUUGAAAUUCAGAGGGCUCCAUGCUAUAGCAACCAGAAACUAGUAGUCAACGCACCUGUUUAUAUUAAGUGAUGUACAAAUUAUAGCAGCGCUAGUGUUCUGCUAUAGUUAAGGCUGAGUGUUCCUCAGUGUAUACAGUGAAAUGGGCUCUUCGCUGAGCAUUGUAACUCACUUUCCACUGAAGAGUUACAAUUAGUUAAAACUUGAGUCUAAUUCCAUGCUUGACUGAAGUACAUAAGUCUUUACCAAACUGCACCAAGUUCUAAAUUUGAAAAUAGCUUAUUGCAGCACAGAUAGUGGAAAAUGUCAACUUUAACACUAAAUUUACUGGCACUUAUACACACCAAAAUGGAAGUGUUUAAGGGAAAUAAUUUUCAGUAGUGUUCAAUUAAGUACAUGAAUCCAUCAGUUUUGUAUUUUUGGUUUCUUAAUAAAGUGAAGCAUUUCAUUUAUUCCUCAA